UCUUUGCGGGCUGCGGGCGGCUGGGUUGGCCAGAAGGGGGCGGUACGAGCUCGCCCUGUCUUGGCGCUUUAACCAGUGGCCAGACUCUGGGGGCGAAGCUUCCAUCUCUCGCAGCGGGAGUAAAACUCGCAACCUUUGCGUACGAGUAACGAAUUGACGCAUCCCCCGGCUCUGGCACGAGCUGUGAGUAGGGGAGGGCGAGCGCACGUGGAGAGUGUUUACAAACAGCCUCCGCUACCGCCCUCCGGAAGGAGUAACAGUUUCGGCGCCUCCCAAGCCCCCUCUUGGGAGCCGGGUGCCCACCUACCCCGCAGGCUGCCCGCCAGAACUGGACAAGAAGCAGCCGGCAUCCUGAGGCACGAGACAAGCAGUGACGAGCAAGCUGGUUCGUGUUAAUGCUCCGAGUGUGCGCCCUGAGGGCUAUUAAUGAAUACCGGCGGCAGUUUUCCAAACGGAGGGAGCCCGUGUGUGGUAUCCAGCAGGUCGGGCUUCAGAAGGGGAUGUCAGCAACUUCAGACCCGAGUCACGUGAUCCCGCUGCCUGCCAACACAGAGGCUCUCUCUGGAUCAGAUUUCAAGUCCGGGCCGUCCUCCCAGCCAUGUGGGUUUAGCCGAAAAAGAAGCAGAACCCCACUUCCUACCAUGCGUCCAGCCGCCCCUCACCUACCGUGGGGCCUUUGGAUUGGAAGCUGCUUUUCAAAUCAAAACGUAUCCACAGAGUGGAAUUUUCGAAUUUUGCUGUCCUUUUAAUGUUUUCGUCUGGACUUCAUCAGUUCUUCCAGACACUUCCUGAGAGAAUGGGGGCAGGAGCGCUGGCCAUCUGUCAAAGUAAAGCAGCAGUUCGGCUGAAAGAAGAUAUGAAAAAGAUAGUGGCAGUGCCACUGAGUGAAGAGAAGAAUCCUACCUGUAAGAAGUUAUUUGGAGUCAGUCUCCAGGAGCUCCAGCGGCAGGGGCUCAUGGAGAAUGGCGUUCCCACUGUAGUGUGGAGCCUCGUGGAGUAUUUGACGCUGCAUGGACUCACCCAGGAAGGCCUUUUCAGAGUGAACGGGAACGUGAAGGUGGUGGACCGACUGCGGCAGCAGUUCGAGAGCGGGGCGCGCGUGGAGCUGCAGGAGUUGGGCGACGUGUGCGCGGCUGCCAGCUUGCUGAAGCUCUUCCUGCGCGAGCUGCCAGAGGGCGUCAUCCCUUCUGCGCUGCAUCCACGCUUCAUCCAGCUCUUUAAGGAUGGCAGAUGUGAUGCUCAGGAACAUAGUUUACGAGAUUUAAUAAGAGAGCUUCCAGACACCCACUACUGCCUCCUCAAGUACCUCUGCCAGUUCUUGACAAAAGUGGCCAAGCAUCACCUGCAGAAUCGCAUGAAUGUUCACAAUCUCGCUACUGUGUUCGGGCCAAACUUCUUUCAUGUGCCAACUGGGCUUGAAGGCAUGAAAGAACAGGACCUUUGCAACAAGAUAAUGGCUAAAAUCCUAGAAAAUUAUAAUACCCUCUUUGAAGUAGCAUAUACAGAAAAUGAUAAUCAGAGGUGUGAAAACCUGGCUAGGCUUAUCAUAGUAAAAGAGGCCAAUGGUAAGAACUCUCUACCCAUCCUUUUAACAAAAGACCUAGAAAGAGAUAUGCCAAAACCGUCUCCAAGAGCCAAGAUCCCAAAGUCCAGGAGUGAGGGAUCUAUUCAUGGCCACAGGGUACUGCAACCAGAGCCAUCUGCCGGUGUUCCUCAGGUCAGCCUGCGGCUAAGUCGUAGGAAGCCCUGCUUGGAUGACAUGAAUUCAGCAGAGGACAGCGGUGCCAAGUUGGUAUCCAGUUCGCAGGAAGAUGAAAGACCCUUGUCACCUUUCUAUUUGAGUGCUCAUGUGUCCCAAGUCAGCAGUGUUUCAACAACUGGAGAACUCUUAGAGAGAACCAUCCGUUCAGCUGUGGAACAGCAUCUUUUUGAUGUUAACGGCUCUGGAGGUCAAAGUUCAGAGGACUCAGAAUCUGGAACCUCUUCAGCAUCUUCUUCCAGCUCCGCCAGACAGCGAAGACGCCAAUCCAAGGAGCAGGAUGAAGUUCGUUGUUGUAGAGAUAAGGGACUUAUCAACAAAGAAAAUAUUCCUUCUGGCUUCAACAGCCUCGAUGAGUGUAUCUUGAAUGCUCAGGAAGUAGAAAAAUUACAUGAGAACACCUCUGAUUAUAUUGGAGAAAGAAGCAAACCUAAACGUCAAAAAUCCAGUUCAAAACUUUCUGAGCUCCAUGAAAAUCAAGACAGCCUUGUGAACGUGGAAAGUCUCAGUUCCACUCAGUCACAUGAGAAGCCUGGACCUGAUGAUAUUGAACCGAUGUCCGAUGAAAGCAAAGAAAAUGAAAGAGGGGACGGACACACUGAGCAUUUUGAGAGCACCACAAUGAAGAUCCAGGAGCAUCCCAGCAUACCUGAUACCAAACAGCAGAGGAAUCAAGAUGCUGAUGACCAGCCAGAAAGCUUUGUCUCAGAAGUGCCCCAGUUGGACCUGACGGCAUUGUGUGAUGAGAAGAACUGGGAAGAACCCAUCCCUACUUUCUCAUCCUGGCAGCGAGAGAACGUGGACUCUGAUGAAGCUCGCCUCUCCCCGCAGGCGGGGCGCCUGAUUCGCCAGCUUCUGGAUGAGGACAGUGACCCCAUGCUCUCUCCUCGGUUCUAUGCUUAUGGGCAGAGUCGCCAAUACCUAGAUGACACAGAAGUGCCUCCUUCUCCCCCGAAUUCCCAUUCUUUCAUGAGGCGGCGAAGCUCUUCUCUGGGUUCCUAUGAUGAUGAGCAAGAGGACCUGACACCCGCCCAGCUCACACGAAGGAUUCAGAGCCUGAAAAAGAAGAUCCGAAAGUUUGAGGACAGAUUUGAAGAAGAGAGGAAGUACAGACCUUCCCACAGUGAUAAAGCAGCCAAUCCAGAGGUUCUGAAGUGGACAAAUGACCUUGCCAAAUUCCGGAAGCAACUUAAGGAAUCAAAACUAAAGAUAUCUGAAGAGGACCUGACGCCCAGGGUGAGGCAGCGAAGCAACACACUUCCCAAGAGUUUUGGUUCCCAGCUUGAAAAAGAUGACGAGAAGAAGCAGGAGCUGGUAGAUAAAGCUAUCAAGCCCAGCGUUGAAGCCACCCUGGAGUCCAUCCAGAGGAAGCUCCAGGAGAAGAGGGCAGAGACCAGUCGUCCUGAGGACAUUAAGGAUAUGACCAAAGACCAGAUUGCUAAUGAGAAAGUGGCUCUGCAGAAGGCGCUCCUCUAUUAUGAAAGCAUUCACGGAAGGCCGGUGACAAAGAAUGAACGUCAGGUUAUGAAGCCACUAUACGACAGGUACCGGCUAGUGAAACAGAUCCUGUCCCGGGUCAACACUGUACCCAUCAUUGGUUCCCCCUCCAGCAAGCGGAGAAGCCCUUUGCUGCAACCAAUUAUCGAGGGUGAAACUGCUUCCUUCUUCAAGGAGAUAAAGGAAGAAGAGGAGGGGUCAGAAGACGAUAGCCACACGAAGCCUGACUUCACAGUCACUCUCAAAACAGAUUUCAGUGCACGUUGUUUUCUGGACCAAUUCGAAGAUGAUGCCGAUGGGUUUAUUUCCCCGAUGGAUGAUAAAAUACCAUCAAAAUGCAGCCAGGACACAGGGCUUUCAAAUCUGCACGCUGCGUCCAUACCUGAACUCUUGGAACACCUUCAGGAAAUGAGAGAAGAAAAGAAAAAAAUUCGAAAGAAACUUCGUGAUUUUGAAGAUAAUUUCUUCAGACAAAAUGGAAGGAACGUCCAGAAGGAAGACCGCGCUCCUAUGGCCGAAGAAUACAACGAAUACAAACACAUAAAGGCGAAACUCAGACUCCUGGAGGUGCUCAUCAGCAAGAGAGACACUGAUUCCAAGUCCAUGUAAGGGGCACCCCAGCCCAGCAAGGGGUGCCUGCGGAUGCAAAGAGGACUUACUGUUCUCCUGGUACAGAGCAGCUCUAGAAGGCAGCCUUGGAGCUGAACCUCCAAAGCCUGACACCCUUCUGCCGCCGGGCCUUUUGGGUGGGCUCCUGUUCCUGCUGCCUGCCCUAGAAACUGCCUCCAUGGAAGAUGACAGUGUGACCUGACUUGGGAAUUUUGUCAUAAGAAGUCAAGAUUCCUGCACACUUACAUACUUGUAGUGGGAACUUCACUAACACUAACAGUGAUGAAUCACUACCUUAGCCACACCCAUCUACAGAGAUUAUACACUGUUUUUCCCUGGACAACUGAGAAACCAGAGAGAACAUUCUCUAACUGUGAUAAAAACAAGCUCAGGACUUUACUCUGUAGAGUGAAUUUGCUGUGGAGGUCCAGGUCCCUCUCUGGACCCAGUCAAGUGUGACCAUGCAUUGGAGCCCUAUUUGCUGCCUUGGCCAUUCUAGUGACCUUCCCACAGAGCUGCGCCUUCCCCACGUGUGAAUUGAUUUUCCCUCCAGCUCUCAGAUGGAAGCUGCAUCUGCUCACGGUGGCAGAGCAGUCAUCCAUGUGAGGGUGCGUUUCUUCAGGACUUCCUCAGCUGACAGAUCCAGUCCCUGACGAGGACUUAAUCUAUCUUCAGAGGACAGAGGGAUUGCAGCAGCAGCCAUAUUAAUACUGAUUUUUAAAUCAGGUAACAGGUGAAGAGCCUGGAGAUUGUUUCUUGAACACUGACUGCACUUACCAGUCUGGUUUUAAUAUUAAACACUAAGCGAGGCCAGCAGGCCUAUAUAACCUGC